GAACAAGGACCGGUCGGUGCGUUCCGACGUGAACUCAUGAAUAGUUCUGUGAUCAACCCAACAAACCAGCAGGACAGGUCGACAUUUUACCUGUUGCCCUGGUUACCUGGGCUGAACACGCCCACCCCAGCUGCUACCAAUCAGGAGAGGGAGUGAAGAGGUGCAGGCAGCAAGGAAUCCUCAGUAUGCUAGCAGCCUGCCGACAGACACAGAACCACGGACAGACUAGAGACAGACAGACAUGUCAUUUUUUUCAGGACUUGUGGAGAAGGCAGUAGAUAAAGCUGUGGACCAUGCCAAGGACAAAGUGAUGGAUAUGCUGGGAGUAGGAGGCAAGGACGAGGAGGAGGAGGAGGAGGAGGAAGGAGGCAUCAAGAAGUUCUUCUCCUUUGGGAAGGACAAGGAGGAGGAUGACGAUGACGAUGAGAAGAAGAGCGGGCUCAGCCGCUUCCUGUCCUUUGGAGGAGAUGACGAUGAGGAGGAGAAGAAGAAGAGGAAGAAGAAGGAGGGAGGAGGUGAUGGGGACAUGUUGGACUUCCUGUCAUUUGGUGGAGAAGACGAGGAGAAGAAAGGAGGUUUCCACGGCCUCUUCUCUGAGCAGCAGCCAGGAGGUGGAGCCGGAGGCGCAGGGGAGAUGAGUCUGACGGACAGCCUGGGGGAGAUCGCUGAGGAGAUGUCAGCCGAGUAGAUGACCUGCUGUCAUCUGGACCUGGACCCUCCAGACCCAAACCCUCUAGAGCCAGCCCCCCUACCCCUCCAGCCCCUCUACCCCUCCAGCGCUCCACCCCUCCAGCCCUCCUCUUCUCCUGACCCUGGGACGCAGUAUUUAUUAUUAUUCCCUCGUUGCUAAUGGCCCCCUGACGCCACGGCUGAAGACUUCCACAGAGCGGAGCGUUAGGAGAGGGUCUUCCUCUGGACCCCAGAGGUAGAAGCUCCAGCUGAAGGUCUGGACCGACCUGCCGGUGGAGCCAGGAGGCCAACGUCUCCUCUGGACCGCUCAGAUUGGGGUCAAUACAGCCUGAAUGUACGACCGAGCCUCCAAUAAAGUGUAAACUGUU